UUGAAAAUUAAAAAUUAUGGGUGUCGUGACAUAUACCGAUGAGCAGACUUCACUCGUCGCCCCGGCCAGAAUUUUCAAGGCCUCAAUUCUUGACUCGCACAUUUUAAUGCCAAAACUCUUGCCAGAUGCUAUUAAAAGCAUUGAACUUAUCAAAGGUGACGGUGGGGCCGGAAGCAUUAAGCAGAUUAACUUUGCAGGAGGUUUUGCGAAGCAUCAAAUUGAUGCAGUGGAUGAGAAGACAUUCACUUACAAGUACACUUUGAUAGAAGGAAACGGUAUAUCAGACAAGAUUGAAAAGGUAUCUUAUGAUAUUAAGUUUGAGGGUUCACCCGAUGGUGGCAACAUCUCCAAAAUGACGACAACUAUUUACACACAUGGUGAUUUUGAGAUCAAGGAAGAAGAGCUAAAGGCGGGCAAAGAAAAGGUUUUGGGGCUUUACAAGGUUGUGGAAGCCUACCUCCUCAAAAACCCUGAUGCAUAUGUUUAAAGAUCGGCAUUUUAACUUGGUGUUGUACCCAUGUUUGUCCCUUUUAUGUUUCCCAUCGUUUUCUUUUGUUUGAAUAAAGAUUACAUCAUUAAUAAAGUUUGA